CUAGCCCUAAAUCUCUCUCUCGCUAGCCGUGAGCCCGCGAUGGCAUUUCAUUGAGGAAAAUCUACUUCCACAGAGGCUAUUAGAAGUUCUACCAAGAAGCUUGUAAAGUUUUAAGGAGUAAUGUAUCAUUUUAGCUUGACAUAUGUGAUGUAUCAUUGAUUUUCCUCGCGAGAGUCUAUUUGUGGAUUGUCCUUCUAUAGUAUUACUACAUCCAAUUGAUACACUGAUUUGUUAGUGGAAGUAUGAUGCCUGUGGGGGACGAACAAAUUCUCUUGGCUAAGAAAGUGGCUUUAAGGGAGUUGCCAAAUGAAUCUAAGAACAUAACUAACAAGCCACUUUUGACCUCUCUUCCCAAGGAUUGUGGGAAGGGAUUAACCCAUGAAUCUGGGAAGGUGGUUGAAACCAAGAGGCAGCAACCUGAUGGUCCACCUAGUCCUUCCAGUAAUCUGCCCCAAGUAAAAGUUUCUCCACUUGCAAAUCUGGUGUAUACACGUAGGAAGCUCGAGACUGAACAAGGCAAGAUGGGUGCUUGUGUCUAUAUCGAUCAUGCUGAAUCUCCAGAAUUAAGGAAGCUAAGCAGUAACUGCACAAAAAGGCUUAAUAUGCAGAAAGAACUGAUUCAGGAGCCUAAGGUGGUUUCUUCUUUAUUAUAUGUUUCUGAUGCAAUUACAUCCCCGGCCACAUCGUCUAUGGGGCUAUCAUUUCCCCAUUCACAUGGGAAAUCCAUCUCUAGAUUGGCAGGUCCAGAACCACAAGAUUCAGCCAUUGCCACUGAGUGUCCUUUUCUUGCUGAUCCUCCUCACAAAGUGCAUAAGGAAGGUUGGAAAGACAGGUUCCUUAGGCUGCAGAUGUUCCUAAAGACCUGUGAUCAGUCAUACCAGGAAGAUUAUAUCCAAAUGCUACGAUCUUUAUCUGCCAUUGGCCGGAGUAGGCAUGCUGUUGAAUUGGAGAAAAGAGCCAUACAUCUCUUGUUGGAGGAAGGGAAGGAGUUGCAACGAAUGAAAGCUCUGAAUGUUCUUGGCAAAUCUCAACCAAAUGAUCAUGCAUCCAUUCUAAGUCAGACACCUCUCGUGAGCAGAGCUCCAGAGCAGUAAAUACUUCCCAUUGGAGUGUGAAAGAGAAUGUACACUUAAGCAAUUUUCAUAUUCAUCUACUGUGCAGGAACCUUGUGCAGUUUUAUGUUUUGUGCUUUGAUGAGUUAUUUUAGUUAGAUUACAGCAUGAAGUUGAGAUUAAUGCUUGUUGUUCAAUCAGAUUUUGUAAACUUAAGCCAUGGGUUUGUGUAAGUAACUUGUAGAUGCUUAUUAUCAGAUAAUAAGUACCCUAAUUUCAUUUA